AGCUGUAGAGCCAGAUCCACGACUCUCGACUCUGCGACUUUAUAUCUUUACAUGGAUGAGAUGGCAACCACUCAGAUUUCCAAAGAUGAACUUGAUGAACUCAAAGAGGCCUUUGCAAAAGUUGAUCUCAACAGCAAUGGAUACAUUUGUGACUAUGAACUUCAUGAGCUUUUCAAGGAAGCCAAUAUGCCACUGCCGGGAUAUAAAGUGAGAGAAAUUAUUCAAAAGCUCAUGCUGGAUGGUGACAGAAACAAAGAUGGGAAGAUAAGUUUCAAUGAAUUUGUUUAUAUUUUCCAAGAGGUAAAGAGCAGUGAUAUUGCUAAAACCUUCCGCAAAGCCAUCAACAGGAAAGAAGGCAUUUGUGCUCUGGGAGGAACUUCAGAGUUGUCCAGUGAAGGAACACAGCAUUCGUACUCAGAGGAAGAAAAAUAUGCUUUCGUUAACUGGAUAAACAAAGCUUUGGAAAAUGAUCCCGAUUGCAGACACGUUAUACCCAUGAACCCAAAUACUGAUGACCUCUUCAAAGCAGUUGGCGAUGGAAUUGUGCUCUGCAAAAUGAUCAACCUUUCAGUUCCUGACACAAUUGAUGAGAGAGCAAUCAACAAGAAGAAGCUUACACCCUUCAUCAUUCAGGAAAACUUGAACUUGGCACUGAACUCUGCUUCUGCCAUUGGGUGUCAUGUUGUGAACAUUGGUGCCGAAGAUUUGCGGGCUGGGAAACCCCAUCUGGUUUUGGGACUGCUCUGGCAGAUUAUUAAGAUUGGCUUGUUUGCUGAUAUUGAAUUAAGCAGGAAAGAAGAGGAGCUGGAGAAAUUGUCUCCAGAGGAGCUUCUGCUAAGAUGGGCCAACUUUCAUCUGGAAAACUCGGGCUGGCAAAAGAUCAACAACUUCAGUGCUGACAUCAAGGAUUCCAAAGCCUAUUUCCAUCUGCUCAAUCAGAUUGCACCAAAAGGACAGAAGGAAGGUGAACCACGGAUAGACAUUAACAUGUCAGGCUUCAAUGAAACAGAUGAUUUGAAGAGAGCCGAAAGUAUGCUUCAACAAGCAGAUAAAUUAGGUUGCAGACAGUUCGUUACCCCUGCUGAUGUCGUCAGUGGAAAUCCCAAACUGAACUUAGCCUUUGUAGCUAACCUCUUUAAUAAAUAUCCAGCACUCACUAAACCUGAAAACCAGGACAUUGACUGGACUCUGCUAGAAGGAGAAACUCGGGAAGAAAGGACCUUUCGUAACUGGAUGAACUCUCUUGGUGUCAACCCUCACGUAAACCAUCUCUAUGCUGACCUGCAGGAUGCCCUGGUCAUCUUACAGCUAUAUGAACGAAUUAAAGUUCCAGUGGACUGGAGUAAAGUUAACAAGCCUCCAUACCCAAAGCUGGGAGCCAACAUGAAAAAGUUAGAAAACUGCAACUAUGCAGUUGAAUUAGGGAAGCAUCCAGCUAAAUUCUCCCUGGUUGGCAUUGGAGGACAAGACCUGAAUGAUGGGAAUCCAACCUUGACCUUGGCUGUAGUAUGGCAGCUGAUGAGAAGAUAUACUCUUAAUGUUCUGGAAGAUCUUGGAGAAGGUCAGAAAGCAAAUGAUGACAUCAUUGUAAACUGGGUGAACAGAACAUUGAGUGAAGCUGGAAAGUCAACUUCCAUUCAGAGUUUUAAGGACAAGACGAUCAGCUCCAGUCUGGCAGUUGUGGAUUUAAUUGAUGCCAUCCAGCCAGGCUGCAUUAACUAUGACCUUGUUAAGAGCGGGAAUCUUACAGAAGAUGACAAGCACAAUAAUGCCAAGUAUGCAGUGUCAAUGGCUAGAAGAAUUGGAGCCAGAGUAUAUGCUCUCCCCGAAGACCUUGUGGAAGUAAAACCCAAGAUGGUCAUGACCGUGUUUGCAUGUUUGAUGGGCAGGGGGAUGAAGAGAGUGUAAAAUAACCAAUCUGAAUAGAACCAUCCUUACUCACAGGUGCAUGAUUGGCAAGUCAGCUAUUCCCAGGUGAAGUGCUCAUGGCUUAAAGAAUUCUCAGUCAUUUAAAGGACUUUUAGUUUUGAUUAACAAGACUAGCUCAUCAUGACAGCCUUCGGGGAAAGACUUUUAGAAACAAGCAACUCCUUUCCCUUCCAGUUGGAUCUGUUCAGCACACCUGAACAUGCUCACAGCCGGCCAUCUGCUCUCUCCUCCUAGAAUACUGCCCUUGACAUUUCCUGAUGCUUGUGUAUUACCUCUCUGUGUAUCUUUUCCUCUUAGGCUGUCCAUCUCUUGAGACUUGCUUAGAUCGGUAGAUAGCCAUAGUAUUAACUUGCCAUUUUGCUUUCCAAGUUCUUACUGGAGAACUGUGGUCAGAUACUAUGUGGAGAUGUGAGUGUCCUUGCUUACUUUGUAGUGCUGAAAAUCUGCUCAUGUAACUGGCUGUGCAGAAUAUACUAGAAGCUUUUCUCAUUCUUUUAUUCUUAAAAGCAGUAUCUUUUUACAGUAUUCUUUCUACAUGAUUAUUUUUUUGUACAUUUAAGAAUAUUUUGAUUACGGUCAACAAGUCUGCUGAUUUGUUACUUUUUUAAAGGGGACUUCAAGUAAGUAAAAGAAAAAGCAUAAACUAUAGGGGGAGGAAAAUGGACCCUAAGUUUGUUGUAUUUCCCCCUCACACCCAGGAUCAAAUCAAAUGAAAUACUUUGUCUUCAAUGAAUCAGUUCGACACAUGCUUCUUUGUUUUGAACACUUUAUCACAAAACUCUCAUUUGAUCUAAAAUGCUGUUGAAUAUGACACCUUUGAGGAGAGAGUGGGCUCAGAAUUUAGAUGGGACUCAAUAAGCAAAGUAUGCUAAGUGUACAAUAGAUUUUUAAAUUUAACGCAUCUAACAAGGAGAUGUGGUCACGAAAAGGGGAAAGUAUGUAUGUCGGACUUGAUGUUCUCUUCCUUUGUCAAGCUUUUUGCUGUAGUUCUCAAGAUCAUAUGUUAAUCUAACUCUGAAAAGUGAUGUAAUCUGGUAGCAACAUAGUACUCCAAAUAAAGGCAUUUGCAU